ACCUUUGCGCCCCAGGGUGGGGUGUGUGCGACAAUACAGACACAGAUCUGCUCAAAUGGGUGACAUCUGCUGAUCUGGACAAGAUGAAUGGGUGCUAUGCUUACAAUAUGGCAGGAUAUGGGAAGAAGUGCAGGAGAUGUGGUAGGAAGCGUAUGGCAGGCAUGGGAAACAGCUGCAGUAGAAGUAGCAGCUUAGACUCUGUAAAUAGCUGUAAUCUUAGACACAGAAUCGAGGUGUAUGGGCGGAGUAGAGACCCCGGCUGUGUGUAUACUGAGGGCAUUACGACAGGAGUCAUGUGCUGUAGGAAAAGGGGCAGGAGAAAAUUUGAUGUCUUUAAUCCCCCACCCUUUGGUUCAGAGCUCAGCUCAUUAUCACAGACAGAGUCUGAUAAUAAACAGCUACCAAGUGUGCCACAAAGUAUAAACCAGGGCUCCAUCAAUAACAAUGAUCAGUUUUUGAAGUCAAGUAUUAUGUAUUUUGGUGAGGACUGCAGUACAUAUUGUGGAGAGAAUGGCUACUGUAUUUUGCCAGGCAUCUGUGGUUGUAACCGUGGUUACCAUGGACCAAGAUGUCAGCACAGACGUCAACCCAGACAUCGCUGUCACACUCUGCACUGCUUUAAUGGCGGCCGGUGCCGGAGGGGGAAGUGUAAAUGCCCUGCAGGGUACUGGGGGAAGAGGUGCCAUAAAUUGGCCAUCUUUGGAGACCGGAAGAAACACGAAAGAAGAAAGAAUAAAAGAAAAACAAAAUCAAGAACAAAAUGUGUGAAGCACCUUUUCAGGCAUUUUAAAUUGAAAUGAAUGCAGGGUAUUUCAGUUUUAUCACAUUGUGCAAUAAUGUAAUGCAAAUUACUCACAAAAUCAAUACAAUUUAAUUUAUAAAAGGAAUGCAAUUUAAGUUGCAGGUUCAGCAUGAAAACUAUAAGGGACUGCCAUUAAUUGUACAUAGAUGGGUUCAAUCAAGCAGUCCAAGUACUGCUUCAUACAUCAAUGUCUGUUAAGAGGAAGCAAUUAAGUAACUUGUUUAUAAUCCAUAUUUAUAUACCUAGAAUCUGUGCAAUUAUAGAACAGCUAAGACAGUAUUUGGUAACAUUGAAAUCUCUUCAGGAAAAGCUAGCAUAUCCACAGUAAUAGCCUAGUGCAGGAAUACGACAGGUGUUGAUAAUAAAACAUGCACAAAGUUUAUCAUAAAGCCUAGUUUUGAGGGAUUAUUAUAACAUUUUUACACAGAGAUAUGUAUUAGAGAUCUUUAACAAGAGGUACUUAUAAAAUCAGCUGUCAUGUGUUCAUUUUGUAUAUAUGUGUAUAUACUUUUUAGUGCAAAGUACUUCAGCUAGUUUUUAUAACGGGGGGGCAGCAGUUGCCAGUCUCUUGCCAAAAUAUGGGCUUCAUUAGUUUCUUUUACUUUGUGUAUCAGAAUAUCAAGAUCUGAAAGCUUUCAUUUAAAAUGACCGAAUGCCACAUGCUACUUCAGAUGUAACACAUAACAAUUAGGAAAAAAUCACUUAAAGAAUAUACAAGGUUUAAUACAUGGGUGCUAACCAAAUAAUUGUAUGCUUAUAAUAUUACAUGCCUCUCUGUUGAACAUUUCCAUAUUUAUUUGUUUGAGUUUGCAACAACAUGUUCCUUUCAUACAAAUUUUGUUUUAAAAAAUUACCCUUUUGUUCUGUAAGUGUAAAUUGCAAUAUUUAUAGGAGUUCAAAAAAUGGAAGAUAGCUUAUUUGUUUAUAUUCAGUAUUCCUGCUUCAGUCUUAGAUAUAUAAAAUCUUUUUCCCUAGAGGAAACCCAUUGUAUGUAAAUAUAUAUGUAUAUUUUGUAUAGAACUCUUGAGAUUAUUUUUGAAACCGUGUAUAUAUAUGUAUGUCUUUGUCAGUAUUAUAUGUACCUGUAUCCAUGACAUGUAAACUACAGCAAACGUUAGUCAUAAGAAUCACCCUAAUACACAGUAUUUUAUCACAAUGAUUAUUAAUUGUGUUUAUUAAUUUAAUAAAAAUGAUUUUGAUUAACAUU